GUGAUACGGAUACUUGGGAUCACUAUCGGUUUGCAGCAACGAUGAAAUACGUACUGAAAUUGCUUGUGUUAGGCUUGUUGGGUAACAGUGCUUUCGCUGGGUUGUUGAAUAUUUUCAGCGCUAGUUCAGAUUACAAUGCGGCUCAGUUGAUGGAUAGUUUAUUUGGUGCCAUUUACAAUACUACAGAGUUAAUUGUAAAUGGUGGUUCAAGCAAUCCGCUGUCAGUGGAUAUUACGUUCUGGUGUGGCAAUCGAAACAACCCAAACCUGGUGCAGACGAUGAUGAACGAUAGUAGUUUGAGUUCUAAGAUUUCAACUUCAAAACCUUUGGUUUUCAUCAUUCAUGGAUGGUUGGACAACAGAAACCGAAACUGGAUUACUAAAAUGACUACGGAUUACCUCAAGUAUGUUGAUACCAACAUCUGCGUGGUGGAUUGGGGAAAUUUGGCUACGUAUGCAUACGCAAUUGCAGCCAACAAUACCUAUACCGUUGGACAGUAUCUUGCGCAAUUUAUCACGUUUUUAACUGGAAACGGAUUCUCCUUGAAUGAUGUAACCCUGGUUGGUCACAGCAUGGGAGCACAAAUUGCUGGACACACUGGCUACAAUCUUGGAGGUCAAAUAAGUGCAAUUUACGGUCUGGAUCCAGCUAGUCCCUUGUUCAAGAUGCCUUUCGAUGUUGGACCUACCAAGAGAUUGGACAAAUCGAAUGCAAAGUACGUUCAGAUGAUCAUAACUUCCCGUUGCUUCUGGGGUGUUUGCGUGGGAGAUGGACACGAGAACUUCUAUCCGAAUGGAGGGGCCGUUCCUCAACCGAAUUGUGUUCUGCCUUUGUUUUCGAACGCGGAAGCCGCUGCACCAAUCAUCUGUAGUCAUGCUCAUGCGACUACACUGUUUCGAGAGGCCUUGAAUCCUAGCAACGUUUUCAAAGGAAAAACGUGCCUGACAUGUAUAUUCGGACUGUUUGGCAAGACUUCGAAAAUGGGCAUCUACAGCAGCCGAGUAGGAGGAGAUUUCUACUUACUGACCAGCCCUUUCCCACCUUUUACUUUGUAGGA